UCCCAUUAGAUAAGAGAGCUUCAGACGUGAUACGAUUUAGUUGACAUUUGGAGUCCUACAAGACAAGUGAAAAUGAAAGUCACACUCUGUUUCGCUAUCAUUUGUUGUUUUGUCGCUGUGGUGUACAGUGAAGACUGCAGACAGACGUCUGAUUGUGUAAACACCGCUUGUACCGCCGGGGCUUUUGUUGGAUGCUCUCACUCAGCAAGACAGUGCACAUGUUACACACAUAACACGCAUGGAAUUGCCUGUACUAACCGUGACACAUGCCGCGCUUCAUCAGCUCUUCACUGUGACAGGGACGAAAAGCACUGUGUGGACGGGUUCUGUCAUUGUACCCACAACUAACAGACAGGG